GCCCGCUCAGCGGCCUGCUUCUAUUUAUGUGGGGGAUCCAACAUGGCGCCUGCGGCGACCCUGGCGAUGGCGGUGGAGCCCGUCAGAACAUAGUGGCGGGGAAGGGGGCACAGUCCGCACUCACGGUGGCGUCGGCGGAGACGGCUGAGGGUGGUGGAGGGAAGAAAAGCUACAGAGAGCAAAAGGAAGGGCAGGCAGGCAAACAACUCGGCGUAGAACCGAGCGCCGGCUCGAGCGAAGGCAGAGGGCCAGAACAGUGGGGAUGGCGGAGCCACGCAGAGUAGCGUUUAUUAGCCUGUCACCGGUGAGGCGGCGCGAGGCCGAGUUCCCAGGGACCGAACGCGAGCCCGAGUAUCCUCGCGAGCCUCCCCGGCUGGAACCGCAGCCGUACCGCGAGCCGGCCCGGACGGAGCCGCCGGCCCCGCGGGAGGUUGCCCCCAGGUCGGACGCGCAGCCCCCGCCGCGGGAGAAGCCGCUCCCUCAGCGCGAGGUCAGCCGCGCCGAGCCGCCCAUGUCGCUGCAGCGCGAGCCCCCGCGGCCCGAGCCGCCGCCACCGCCGCUCCCGCAGUUGCACUUGCAGCCGCCCCCGCCGCGGGAGUCGACUUCCCGGGCCGAGCCGCAGCCGAGGCCGCCGAGGGAGACGGUGCGCCUGGAGCUGGUGCUCAAAGAUCCCACCGACGAGAGCUGCGUGGAGUUCAGUUACCCGGAGCUGUUGCUGUGUGGAGAACAACGGAAAAAGCCUGUUUACACAGAAGACCCGUUCAAUGAUGAUCAUCAAGAGAGGCAAGAAGUGGAAAUGUUGGCUAAGAAGUUUGAAAUGAAAUAUGGUGGGAAGCCUCGUAAACACCGGAGGGAUCGGCUACAAGAUUUAAUCGAUAUAGGCUUUGGCUAUGAUGAGACAGAUCCGUUUAUUGAUAACUCAGAGGCUUAUGACGAAUUAGUUCCUGCUUCUCUAACAACAAAAUAUGGAGGCUUUUAUAUCAAUACUGGCACUCUCCAGUUUCGCCAAGCUUCAGAUACUGAAGAAGACGAUACCACAGACAACCAAAAGCACAAGCCACCCAAAAUUCCCAAAAUAAAAGAAGAUGAUAUUGAGAUGAAGAAGAGGAAGCGGAAAGAGGAAGGGGAAAAGGAGAAGAAGCCAAGGAAAAAAGUACCCAAACAACUGGGAGUUAUGGCUCUAAAUUCACACAAAUCUGAAAAAAAGAAGAAACGUUAUAAAGAUUCUCUUUCUCUAGCUGCCAUGAUAAGAAAAUUUCAGAAAGAGAAGGAUGCAUUAAAGAAGGAAUCUAACCCUAAAACCCCAGUGAACUUCUCAACCUCCUCUCUGAAUAAACCCCCCUCUGCUGCUGUAGUGUUGGGAAAUGAUGUCUCAGACCUGAAUCUGAACAGUGCUGAUCCGGACCUCCCCAUCUUUGUUAGCACAAACGAACAUGAACUAUUUCAGGAAGCUGAAAAUGCCCUAGAGAUGCUAGAUGAUUUCGACUUUGACAGAUUACUGGAUGCUGCUUCUAAUGGUAGCCCCCUCUCGGAGUCAGGGGGAGAGAAUGGAAACACCACCCAGCCACCCUAUGCCUCUCAAGUUAUGCCCAAGGUGGUACCUACACUCCCAGAGGGUCUGCCUGUCCUCCUUGAAAAACGUAUUGAAGACCUCCGUGUAGCUGCCAAACUUUUUGAUGAAGAAGGAAGGAAAAAAUUCUUUACACAGGAUAUGAAUAAUAUUCUUCUGGACAUUGAGUUACAGCUGCAGGAACUAGGCCCUGUCAUUCGUAGUGGUGUCUACUCCCACCUUGAAGCUUUCGUGCCAUGCAAUAAAGAAACACUGGUAAAACGUCUGAAGAAGUUACAUCUCAAUGUCCAGGAUGAUCGUUUAAGAGAACCUCUGCAAAAGCUGAAACUGGCUGUCAGCAAUGUCAUGCCUGAACAGCUAUUCAAAUACCAGGAGGACUGCCAGGCUCGUAAUCAGGCUAAGUGUGCCAAGUUUCAAACAGAUGAAGAACGAGAAAAAAAUGGGUCCGAGGAAGAUGACGAGGAGAAACCAGGGAAACGUGUCAUAGGACCAAGGAAGAAAUUCCACUGGGAUGACACUAUUAGAACUUUGUUAUGUAACCUUGUUGAGAUCAAAUUGGGAUGCUAUGAGUUAGAGCCAAAUAAAAGCCAGUCUGCUGAGGAUUAUCUUAAAUCCUUUAUGGAGACAGAGGUGAAACCAUUGUGGCCUAAGGGCUGGAUGCAGGCAAGAAUGCUUUUUAAGGAAAGUCGGAGUGUACAUAAUCAUCUUACUUCUGCUCCGGCAAAGAAAAAGGUGAUUCCUGCACCUAAACCCAAAGUGAAGGAGUAUAGUCCAAAAAAGGACCAGAAAACUCCUGCAUCCUCGGUGGCUUCAGUUGGUGGUCCUUCAACGAGCUCUAGCACAUCGGCCGUGGCCUCUACCAGUUCUGGCUCCACGCCAGUGCAGGAGACCAUCUGCCUUGAUGACUCACUAGAUGAAGAGCUUUCCUUUCAUCCACCUGCACUGGAUCUUGUUUCUGAAGCCUUAGCUGUUAUCAACAAUGGGAACAAGGGCCCUCCAGCUGGCUCAAGGAUAAGUAUGCCAACUGCAAAACCUCGUCCAGGACUGAGAGAAGAAAAAUUAGCAAGUAUCAUGAGUAAACUGCCACUGGCUACACCCAAAAAACUAGAUUCUACUCAGACUGCACAUUCGUCGAGUCUCAUUGCUGGCCAUACAGGGCCAGUACCAAAGAAACCCCAGGAUUUAGCUCAUACUGGCAUCUCUUCAGGCCUUAUUGCUGGUUCUUCAAUUCAGAACCCAAAAGUUUCCUUAGAACCUUUGCCAGCCAGGCUGCUUCAGCAAGGACUGCAGAGGUCAAGCCAGAUUCAUGCUUCUUCCUCUUCACAGACCCAUGUCUCCUCCUCUUCCCAAGCCCAAGUUGCUGCCUCUUCUCAUACUCUGGGAACAUCAGAGGCCCAAGACGCUUCUCCGUUAACACAAGUAACAAAGGUGCACCAGCAUUCAGCUGUCCAGCAGAACUAUGUGUCUCCAUUACAAGCGACUAUUAGUAAAUCACAGACCAACCCAGUGGUGAAGUUAAGUAAUAAUCCCCAGCUUUCCUGUUCAUCCCCACUUACUAAGACUUCAGACAAGCCACUUAUGUACCGCCUUCCCUUAUCUACACCCCCACCUGGAAAUGGUUCUCAAGGGUCCCACUCCCUGGUUUCUAGGACAGUACCUAGCACCACUACCUCCACUAACUAUUUAGCCAAGGCGAUGGUGUCACAAAUCUCCACGCAGGGUUUCAAGUCCCCCUUCUCAAUGGCUGCAUCCCCAAAACUUGCCUCAUCUCCAAAACCCGCCACGUCUCCUAAACCCUUGCCCUCACCUAAGCCUUCUGCCUCACCCAAGCCCUCUCAGUCAGCUAAGCCUUCAGUAUCAACUAAACUUAUUUCUAAAUCCAACCCAACUCCCAAACCUACUGUAUCCCCAAGUUCUUCCAGUCCAAAUGCACUAGUGGCCCAGAGUAGCCACUCAAGCAGUAACAACCCAGUCCAUAAACAGCCCAGUGGAAUGAACAUCAGCAGACAGUCUCCCACCUUGAAUUUAUUGCCCUUGAAUCGCACUUCAGGCCUUCCGUCUACAAAAAAUCUUCAGGCCCCUUCAAAGCUAACAAACUCACCAUCCACUGGAACUGUUGGGAAGAAUAGCUUGAGUGGAAUUGCAAUGAAUGUACCUGCCAGCAGAGGUAGCAACCUUAACUCAAGCGGAGCUAAUAGGACUAGUCUAUCUGGGGGAACAGGAAGUGGAACACAGGGUGCUACUAAACCGUUGUCUACUCCACAUAGACCAUCCUCUGCCUCAGGGUCUUCAGUGGUAGCAGCCAGUGUGCAGUUUCACCAGAAACCCCAAAGGCCGAGAACAAAACAGUAGGUGCCAAGUCCAUCCACGUUCUAAAGGGAAAGGGAACUAGAUUACCUGUGUGCCACGUGCUAAGAGACUGUGAAGCGGAUCCUGGGAAGCACUAGCUCAGUGCUGGGACGGAUGAGCUGGCUUGGCACCUGCCUCCAGGCUCCAUGAGAGAAUGUGAGAAGAUUCCUCUGGAAGCAGUUGUCAAUAUGCUGGACAUUUCCCUUCUGCUGCCCAAGCAGGAGAGGGUCAGGGUGCUUCCUCUUCAACUCGUGCCAAAUGAGGGGGCCCCUCCACAGGACCGUUUGGAGGGCUUGACCCAUCUCCAGUGGAAUCUGAGGGACAUAGGAGUCUGACUUACUCCUUAAUGUCUAAAGACAAGUGAGGAGUAGGUGACUAGCUCCUGGAGAAGACAUUAGAGGAGAGAAGGCUGCAUGGGGAGUGUGGCAUGACUGCAUGCCAAAGUUCCCAAGUUCCUGUGGGUCCGAUGUGGUUCUCAAGAAAGGGAAUCAGAUUUGCUCAUUUUAAGAAGGAACCCAGCCAAAGGGAACACCUGGAUGGAUGAAAUGACUUCAGUGGAGGGGCGGAUCCUGGAAACUAAGCGGCCGGUGCAGGCAUCCUGAGUAACUAGAGGACACAGUCCACAAGGGACUGCAGCUGAGAGAUCCCCAGAGAAAGAGGAACUAUUGAGCUAUAAAAAAAGAAGCAACGCUGGAAUCUGCUGCUCCUAGAGGUCACAGACACCAGCUUCUCUCUCUACCAACGGAAAAAAACCUCAUCUCUUCUCUCCCUUGCUGCAACUGCUGCUGCAAGAGCAGCCAGCAAGGAGGCAAGGGGGGUGAGAAACAGAAAUGACACUGACCCUGGUCCCCCUUCUCUUCACAUUUCCAGGCUGGAGGAGGAGAGAAAUGUUAAAUCAAAACUGGCGUUUGCAGUUUUGAUCUGAUACUGGAUGAGACUGGUUCAUACCUAAAAAAAAGACUGUUUUUAAAAUGAUAACUCUUUAACCUGUUUGUCACCUAAAAGAAAAAAAGCCGUGAAUUUCAUCCAAGCAUAAUAAAUCAUUACAGCAAGUGUGUAGGGGCACUCCUGAGAAAACAACUUGCUUUCUGUUUAUACAAAUCCAGCUUGUUCCAGGAAGAGGUUACAUUUGAAGAGUGGGAGAGUAGUUCAGGGGACAUGGAGAAGUAGGCUGCAUCCUGCAGUCCUAACUGCUCACCUUCAGCCUGUGGCAGCCGCAGCUGACAACGGGGAAAAGUUUUAUGGAAACAAGUUUGGAGUUUUAAUGUUAAACAGGUUGAACUUUUUAAAAAACCAAAGCAGGAUCAGUGGGGGGAGGGGAGGGGAAAAAAAAAAAAAAAAGACAACUGCCUGUUAUUCCCUGGAAAAGCUAUGUGAACCACCCAGGAUUUCAUGCCAGAGAGGAAGAAGUCCAUGAGCAGCAGUGGUGGGAGGGAUAAAUUGCAUUCUGCUUACAUCUAGCAAGUCUGGCUUGCUGGUUAAUAGUCACCUUUGCUUCUGAGUGUUAUAACAUACUGCAGUCUAUAUGCUACAGGAUGUUAUUGGUAAGGUUAAUGUUUAAAGUAAGACCUUUAAAAAGCAGAAACUACCAUGUAAUGGGAAGUAGACUACAUAAAAAUACAUAAGCUACACUGAUGCAGUGAUUAGCUUGCUUAAAAGGAUUUACAAGAGCUGUCUAACUUAAAAUUUACCUAUUUUUCUUAUACGGAAGGGGCGAGUGUUUCUCACUUGCUGUCCCUUUCUGUGAUGACAAGAGGCUCAGGAGUAUGCUGCUGUGUAGGCUACAGCCUGGUUUUUGGCAGCCAGCAUUCAUUCCUACAUCCUUUUAUGUAUCACAGGGAUUAUAAUUAUGGAAACAUUUCCUAAACUCUUUGCCUUCCAGGUUCUGGAUGUGAUUUCUUUCUGCCAGAUGUAUUCAUAGGCUAUUUUGUAGAUGGGAGGGAAAAGCGGCAGUGCCUAACAAAAUGGGCCGUCCGUGGGAGACUUAAAAGUUCUCCGCAGCUCACAUGUAAUCUCCUGUCAGCUCCUAUAUGAGUACUUGGGGGCGGGGUGAGCAGCUCUGAUCAGCACUGGGAGGGUUCCCUGUAUUUUCUGACCUAUGUAAGAGCAGCAACCUCCUGAUACUCUGAACUGCUGAAUGUGAGUGGCGACUUCCCCUGGCUCCUGCAGGUCCUCUAAUAGCGCCAUUGGGCAUCUCAGUGCCCUGCACUCGACUGCUUUCUGCUUGAAAAGCCUGCAGUUGUUUCUCUUUUUCUGAUUCUUCCCUGAUGGAUACAACUGCCUAGCUGAUCUUCUGAAAGAAAUGAACAUAUUUAAAGGUUCCCUUUAAGUUAAAAGUAAUUUUUUAAAACUGUAAGUGACUGCCUUUUUAAAAGAAGCUCAUGCAAUGAAGAGAGAAAUUUGAAAAUGGAUGUUUAGAAAUGUUUAUCACUAUGUGAUCUUGUUGCCCCAAAUGUGUUAGACCAAGAUUUUAAAAAUAAUAAAAUGUAUUACACUGCAUUUUCAAUAAAGUUUGUUCAUCUUUCUUUACUGAGAGAAA